AACAGACCGGGAGAGAGGAAGAAGAAGUGAGAGGAAGAAGAAGUGAGAGGAAGAAGAAGUGCUGUUGUUGCAACAUCGCUGCUGCCACGUCUGUACGCUCCUCUGCAGCAGCGGCAGCGGCAGCAGCGGCGGGUCUCAGCGCCGGGAUGGGCCGGUGCUGGGCGGUGGGGGGAUGAUGAGAGGGAGAGGUGGGAGUGACCGAGGGGAGGAAGCACAGAGGAAGACACGUAGAGCCGCCACAACACAACACUCCCCUGACUGAAGGAAGCCUGCGCAGCUCCGGCUUGAAGGAGCGACCGCUGCCUUCUGGAGGAGCUCUAUUGUUCACGCAGAGGAGGAGGAGAGGGGGGCUUCUUGUUUCUGCUUUUUUUUCCCCGGUGGGGGGGUCACCCAUGCUAAGCUCAGGGAGAAUGGAGGAAUUCGUGACCGAAGAGGAAGAGCCGUGGUACGACCAGCAGGACCUGGAGCAGGACCUCCACUUGGCGGCAGAGCUGGGAAAGACUCUGCUGGAGAGGAACAAGGAGCUAGAGGACUCCCUGCAGCAGAUGUACAUCACUAAUGAAGAGCAAGUGCAAGAGAUCGAG